UGGAUGUGACGUUUCUCUCAGAAUCAGAAUCAGAAUCAGAAUCAGAAUCAAUGCUCCAGAAGGGAAAGAUGUUCUUCCUCUGACGUCAUCAUCCUGAGGAUUGUUCUUUGAUUCCACCUGAAAGUGUCUGAUGACUGAAGGUGAUGUUUCCACAGACACAUGAAGAUGAGGAUGAUGAGGUGUGGAUCCCCGACCAGCGGAACACAAGUGACGGCGAGGAAGAAACGCAGAGGGAUCAUCGAGAAGAGACGCAGAGACAGAAUCAACCUCAGUCUGACGGAGCUGAGACGACUCGUCCCCACGGCGUCGGAGAAGCAGGGUUCGGCCAAACUGGAGAAAGCAGAGAUCCUCCAGAUGACCGUGGACCACCUGAAGAUGAUGCAGGCCACCGGAGGGAAAGGUUACUUUGACGUCCAGGCUCUGGCCCUGGACUUCCUGUCUCUCGGGUUCAGGGAGUGUGUGACUGAGGUUUCCCGCUACCUGUGCACCGUGGAGGCCCUGGACUCCGGCGACCCCCUGCGCUCCCGCCUCCUCUCCCACCUCACUUCCUGCGCCUCCCAUCGUGACGCCGCCGCUCUGACAGCCGCCUCCCACCCUCCCCCUCAUCAGCAGCGGCCUUACCCCUUCCCUCCCCCCCUCCACCCUCACCACUGGGCCGCGGCAGGAUUCAGACAUCUUCCUGCCGCCGCCGCGCCGUACGGGCUUCCUGUCUCCUCAGACGUCGGAGGAGGUGGAGCCCCCCACAGGCUGGCGGAGUUAUCGCAGCGCAGUCCGGCCUCCUCUUACUCCGCCCACGCAGACUCCACCACCUCCUCCUCUCCUUCCUCCUUCUCCUCUUCCUCGUCUCUUGUGCUCUCCCCUCUCUCCGCCUCGCUCCUCUCCCUCUCGGCCUCGUUUCCCAUCGCCCUCCACGCAGGUUUCCCCGUCCUUCCUCCUUUCACCUCCAGUCCUCCCUUCUCCUCCUCCUCCUCGUCCCAGACUCCUCUCAGCAGCAGUAAACCCUACAGGCCGUGGGGAACCGAGGUCGGAGCGUUCUGACCUCUGACCUUUGACCUCUUCACUCUUUCCCCCCCACUGAAGGAAACACUGACAAACCAAGUUUUAACUCUCGACUGUUUAACCUGUUAACAUGUUGUUAACAUGUUGUUAACAUGUUGUUCACGUGUUCAGAUGACUAUUAAAACUGUGACUGGUUGUUAAAAAACUUUAUUCUUCUUAUUCAGCUGUGUUUUUCUGUCCACUAGUUUUAUGUUUAUUAAAAUGUUUCCUGCCGUGAAAAUAAAACGAGAUAUUUAUUA